UUAAUAAAAAUGACAAUUAAAAUAGCUAACCUUACUUUACUGAAAACAAAAACUCUAUUUUUCAAAGAAAAGUGUAUGCAAUUACGAAAAUUUAGUAUCAGAGCUCCUUAUAAUGUAUUGUUUUUCGGUUCCGAUGUCAUUGGACUUAAUAGCUUACGUAAAAUUAAUCAUUUAAGAAAAGGUGAAACGAUAAUCAAACGGUUAGAUCUGGUUACGGCUAAUAGCUCAAAAAAUAAGAGUAUUAUUGAGAAGUUUGCUGAAAAAGAGGAUAUAAGAGUACUGACCUGGCCCACCCUUAACAUCCAUGAAGCCGAAUAUGAUAUUGGUUUAAUAGUGGCCUUUGGACAUUUAAUCAAGAAGGAUGUUCUUGACAAAUUUCCGUUAGGCAUGGUGAAUGUACACCCUAGUUUAUUACCAAGAUGGAGAGGGGCUGCACCUAUUAUUCACACAUUAUUACAUGGGGAUGAAGUUGCAGGUGUAUCUUUAAUGAAAAUUAAAGCUGAUAAAUUUGAUGUGAGAUCAUAAGUCAAAAAACUGUUCCAGUCCCUGAAGAUAUAUUAUUACCAGAUCUGACACAACAGCUUUCAGAUAUUGGUGCUGAGAUGCUUGUAGAUUGUUUAAGAACAUUGCCAGAUAGUCUAGAUAAUCUGCAGCCACAAUCCAGUGAAGGUGUUACUUAUG